CUUGAAACCUCAUCAUCUGUUUGGAUAAAUCGGUGAGGUUAUAUUUCGAAACUCUUCUUGUUCGCGAUGCCCCAGAAGCACCACGAACAACUCGUCACCGUUCCUCCUGACGGAGGGUGGGCCUGGGUCAUCACAGCCGUCGGUUUUCUGGGAAUCAUCAUCAUUGACAUGCCCUGCAUGAGCUUCCAGGUCGUAGUACCAUUUCUUCUCGAAACGCUCCACGCAUCGAAACCAUCCGUUACCAUAAUCUUCUCCACCUACACUCUACUCAUGCAGCUUUUAGGUCCUGUUGCGGGAGGGAUCUGUAACAGAUUUGGCUUCAGAAUAGCAUUCAUAAUUGGUUCGGUGUUGAUGGUUGUAGGUCUAUUACCUAUCUUCUGGAUCAGCAACUACGUCCUCACCGUUUUCCUUUACGGUGUCAUCGCAGGCUCUGGUUCAUCGUUCAUCCUCAUAGUCAGCGCAGUUGCUCCGGGAUUCUGGUUCGAGAGGAAGAGACCUAUAGCUCUCGGAAUCGUCAGCUCUGCGACAGGUUUUUCAGUACUAAGUAUCAAUAUAUCACAAUUUUGCAGUGAUAAGUUGGGUUGGAGGUAUUGCUUCAUACUUUGGGCAAUUAUUAUUAGUUUGACGGGUUCCCUCUCAGUCUUGUUGUAUCCUCCGCCAAUGAUAGAGCUGCAAGGGCAGGCUGUAGUCGAAAACGUACCGAUGAGGAGUGUAACAGCAAUGGACCUAGUUAAUACCAAAAAAAUUAAAAACAUUGAAAAGAUGGAAAGCGCUCAUGAAAUCCCUAAUAGAAUAAUGAGUAGAAUAUCUGAACAAAGUGGGGUUCCAGUCCCUUCUACAUCCCAAAAAGUAUCAGAUGAGUACACUAGACGGAGUAGCUGCUGCCCCAGUUGCUGUAACUGUUUCGGCAAAGCCAUGGCAGGCUCGCGACCACUGUAUAGAAAAGAUAUAUUUUACCAAGGCAAUCUGGAUCAAGCUUCAGAACUGAACAAUACCCCAAGAGAAGCCUACACACUUCCACUCUCAAAAUUACCAACUGUACAAGAUGUCAAAGAGGAAAGAGAAGGACAUUGGAAAAUACCAGAAGCGGUGUCAAGAGCCGUAUCAGAAAUGAUUGAUUUAUCAUUAUUGAAAUCAGCAGUAUUUUUACUGCUUGUUUUAGCGACCUUUUUAUUUUACACAGCCGUAUAUAUUCCAUUUCUUCAACUUAAAAGAGUAAACGAAGGUAAAAUGGAAGAAUGUUAUCGAUUAAUGAUACCUAUUCUAAUGGGUGCUGGAGUGACAACAUUUAGAUUAUUAGUUGGGUUCAUGCUUUAUUUUUUUCCCUCAAUCAGUGCUCUGCUAAUUAUAGUUAUCGCAUCAUUUGCCAGUGGUUUGAUAUUUUUGAGCGUGAUGCUCAGUCACGCAACACCUUAUCAAAUUGGUUUUGCAUUCUUUGGUGGAGCUUUUCCAUCCAUUAUAAAUCCAUUAAGAAGUGUUGUAAUAAUUGAAAAAUUAGGUCUUGACAGACUGACCAGUUGCAUGGGGAUGCUUUUCUUUGUCCAAGGAAUUGCAUGUUUCAUUGGACUACUAUUUGCAGAAUUGCUGAUUGAAGGAACAGGAUCCAUUUAUGCAGGAUUAGUUUUCUGUAGCAUCUGUUUUAUUCUAUCUGGAAUGGUUUUUGCACUUAUAGGGAUCAUGAACAAAUUUAAGAAAUAACGACAUGAACAUAUGUAUAAAAAUAUUAUCAAUACAAAAAUGAUAAAGAUGUUGCUGAUCCCUUGGUCUGAUAUAAGGAGAGAGGAGAUGACCAAGGCCGGGUGAAGAUGGUGGAUCGACAACCAUCCCGGGGGGUAAGAGAUGUCUGAAACGGCACAGCUCUGACUGGCACAUCCCACGGGCAUCUUCUCCGACUCGGUGAACUGAGAUCUGACCACCAAUUCUUCGUUCAGGCAAACCCCUGUUUCCUCUACUUUCUUCUGUCUGUCAUUAUGAAAUGGUAUGAAUAAGUAUAAUUCGUGAUAAAAUAUUUUAAAUCAAAAGUAACAGAGUGCUUAAAUUCAGAAUGAAAUUUUAAAAUAAUAUUUACUUAUUGAUAAGUAAGUAUGGGUGAUUCUCAUGUAUUUUUAACAUCAGAAUUACCCAUUCUUAACUCAUCAGCACAUAGAUAAAUUAUUUUUAUCCUCAGAUGUUAAUAAGCUUUUGAAGAAAAGAAAUUUCAACAUUAUUGCAUAGAAAAAAAAAUGAGACUUAAGAUAUUAUUAUGGGCUCAAGGUCUACUGAAUCAAUAGUUUUCAUGUUGGUAAUUAGUCUAAUAAAAUCUAUAGCUGUCAGCAAUUUUCAAAUUUGAACAACAUAAAUUUCAGUUUUCGAGUUCUGACCAUAACUUGCUUAUUAAAAAAUUACUAUCACAAGUUUGAGUUGAAAAUGUUCAAGACUGAAUCCUUCUCUUUUUAAACAAAACCACACUAUUGGUAAAAAUACAUUCCUGAUAACCAAAUUAUAUUUUAUUAAAGAAUUGUACAAUUAGUGUAAUCAUAAAUUAUAAGAUGAGAAACAUGCCGGAUACUGUUUAAUUAUUUAUGGAUGCUGACAUUUCACCUUAAGUAAGCUUCCAUUAGGUAAUAAAGAUAAAUACAAAUUCAUCCUACUACCAAACUUAAAAAGAGCCUCGGAAACUGUCAAAACAUGGUAAUGAUCCUGGCUUUAUAAUGUUUGGAGUUUUUACAGGCCAAAAGCCACUCAAAUGGUAGCCAAUGAAUUAAAAAUGUACAACAGGUAAGGUAAAAUGGCCAGAAGAUGAUGACACCAUUAUUGAUGGCCACACACUAUUCUACACAAGAAGAAAUGACAGUAUUGAAACAGCUGGUAAUGGGUUUAUAGUUAGUCCAGUGACAAGCUAAUCAAUCUAAACUUCAUCCUAUAAGUGUGUGUAAUGUACUCAUCACUUGGCUUUGACUACAGAGAGACAUGGAACCCAAUUUGUUACUUUACAUCUAAAACAAAAAUUGUGAGUGGAAAUUUUUGGUAAUGAGGACAAAAAUAUUUGUAGUCUCCCACACAAAUACAAAACUAAACUUCUCUAUCUUUGGUAGUGAGGAAGCAAAAUUUUAUAUGAAAGAUAAAUGCUUUCUUUAAUCUCUUAAUUACAUUGUUGAGUGAGACAAUUUUGUAGAAAGGUGCUUAUAGUAACUUAAUAAAAAUAAAAUUAUCUGGCAUCGAAUGUCUCAAUCAAAAAAAGUCCCUUUACUUUUAUAAUUGAAAAUCAAUUUUAUUAGUGAAAACUGAUAAAAUGAUUGAUGUUAUCAUAGAAUACAGAACAUGGAAAAAAUGAAUAUUCUUACAAUAUUCCUUAUGUAAACUCCUGCAGUGUUAUUAGCAAGAAACUCUGAAAAAGGAUCUUUCCCAACUUCAACAGAUUUUCCUUCUUUUGCUUUUUCUUCUUUUUCUUUUUCCUUUUUUUCAUCAUACUCUGGUACAACCUGCAAAAGCAAAAUAUCAACUGCCAAAAAACUUCAAAAGUAUAAAAGUCACAAAAGGUGUUACUAAAACUUUGUUAAAAGCUAUUCUGAAACAUGAGAUAACUGAUGAGAAACCAAUGUGGUUCAUGAAAAUUAGCUCAUAAUGUUAAUUUUGAAUGUUUGAAUUCAAUAAAUCAAACUUCCAUUAUUUUAAAUAAUAAUAAUAAUAAGGCUUAACAAACCAGAAGGUUCGAUGCUGAUAUAACCAAUCGUUGUCUAGAUUCUUCCAUCCACCGGAUGCCAUCUAAACCCAACCCUGCCAGAUCAGCAUUAAUGCAAUAUUCCCAUCUUUCCUUGGCCUGUCCCUCUGACACUUGCCAGUUGGCACAGCUCAUAUUAACAUUUUAGGAAUUCUUUCAUUACUUUACAUGCCCAUUUUAUUUGCCUCAACUUAAUCUUCUCAAUUAUAUUAAACGGGUACAGUUCACACAAUUCAGCGUUGUGCAACCGCCUAAAUUUUCUGGUUGACUGAUCCUUCUUCAGUCUGAAUAAUUUUUUCUCCAAUAUUUGCUGUAAAGAAAACAUUUUAUCAAUAGUCGAACGAUUCCAUCUAAAUCCGCAUUGGUAGUCUUCGAUAAUUUCCUCCAUUCUUCAGGCAAUUUCUCAUUUUCUCAGAUAUUUUUAACUGAAAAAUGUAUUUUAGAAACUCCAGUUUCCCCUUCCCCUUCCCAAUGCCUUAAUUAGUUCACUAAGAAUAUUAUUGAUUUCCGCUGCUUUAUUAGAUUUUAAUUUUCCGAUAGCUAUUUCAACUUCCAACUUCAACUUUCUUAGGUUCAACUUUUUUACUUGGUCCUUCUACUAACGGUUCGGCACUCUGUUACACAGGAGGACACAGAUCAUUACUUCCCUUAUUUAAAAUAUUGUCAAAGUGUUUCUUAAACUUAUCUAAUAAGUCUACUGGGUUGUUGAGGAUAUUGCUAUUUUCAUCCCUAAUUCUAGUCGUUAUGGGUUCUAAACGUUUAUAUGAUUUAUUUUUAUCUUUGUACAUAUCUUUUACGUUAUUUUAUAUUCUAUUAGUUUCUAUAUCCAUUAUUUUAUUUUUAAGAUAUUCUUUUUUUUGUUUUUGUUUAACAAGUUAGUAGUUUCAUUCUUUAAGAUUCAGAAGUAUUCAAGAUUGUUUUGCUAGGAUUAUUUAGAGCUUUUAAUUUAGUGGCUUUUCUUUUUUUCGCAUUCUUUCAACCACGGUUUGUUCUUUUUAUUUUCCUUUUUUUCCAAGACACGAGUUACCAACCUCUUUAAUAUUAUCCCUGAUCUCUACCCAUAAUUUAUCUGUAUCACCACGGUCCACAUCAGAACAUUCUAAAGCUUCCAACAUAUUCUUAACUUCAAGCUUAAAUUGAGUUCUAAUUGAUGGUUUUUUAAUUUUUCCAAAUUAAAGUUCUCGGUAUCAAAACGGUUUUCUUUUAUAUUUUUAUAUUAAAUUUUUGUUGAAGUUUUGUGAUUACUAAUUCAUGAUCUGACCCAUAUUCUGCCCCAUGAUACCUUAUGUUAAUUAUACUAUUUUGCCACCUAUGCUGUAUUGAGACGUGAUCGAUUUGAUUUCGUGUUUGCGAAUCUGGUGAUGUCAAAGUAUAUUUGUGAAUAUCCUUAUGUUUAAAUGUAGUCAUUUUAAUUAUUACAUUUUUCGAGGUGACAAAUCUAUUGAGCGAAUUCCUUUAUUAUUACUAUAAUUCUGGAUUGAUGGUUAACUUUAGUGAAUAAUUGAAGAGAAGAAUAGUUGGAGAAUUAGGAAGAAGAGGUUAUUUUAAAUUAUUCUAAAAUUAUUUUAAUGCAGCAUCGCAGUAUUUCAUCAACAAUCAUUCAAGUUUAUUGUAAAAACUCGCUUUUGGCUUCAUCACUGUCUUUGGUCGGACAAUGUAUGUUUAUCAACAUGAUUUUAAACCAAUGCACCUGGAAUAUGGCCAUUGAAAUCAUAUUGCUAAAGAACUGUAUGCCCCUCAAAGCGGAUACAGAUCUAUUCCUAAUAAGAAAACUGAAACCUAAACAAUGAUUUCCGCUUUCUCUGUACCAAACAAUGUGCUUACCUUCCCUUAUGGAUUCCUCUCCUGGCCAGUGAACCUCUCGUAAUGCCACAAUAUCCAAAUUGUACUUAUUAACACCUUUUGCGACCGAUUUUAGCCCAUCUGCUGUAUUCAAACUUUUUAUGUCCCUGUAGUUAAUUCUCUAGUUUUCAACUUGCGUCAUGAGAUCCCUAAAGUAGUCCCCACACAGAGACCUGAACAGGGGACUAGUUUGCUUCCGGAUAAUGAGAGUUUUACCUUAGGAAGAUCCAUGACUAUUUGGUAAUUUUUGAACUAUAGAUAUGUGAGUAGGACGUUCAAUCCUACUCCACACCCUCCAGACAGUCUGGAGGGUCCCUCUCUCAUUAUUGUUCAGCUAGUCUAUCGGACUUAGCUGGGAGGAACUUCUAGACCAAAAGAAGGGAUAAACUAACUAAAAUAUACAGUUUAUUGCAAAAAAACACCAAGUUCAUUUUUGAUGAAGCUGAACUAUUGAGAACACAAGCCGGUGAGCACACAAGCCAUCAAGUCGGUGAGUACACAAGCAUAGUCACACAAACCCUAUUAUAUACCAAUUUUUUUUUUUUCCUAUGCCUGCUGACUUUUUAAGUCAUGUCUUCUGUAUGCAUCUUGGGGCUGUUAUAGGUGACAGUAGUGAUCCUUUUGUUCUCUCAUCUUCGAGAUAUCCAGGGAGCACGUGGUUUACUAACCAAACGCGAUAAAAUUUCAUUCCUUCUUCAUCAGGAACUUUCCUAAUGGAUGGUUGGCAAUCUUUUGCUUCAAUAUUCCACUCAUUUGUUUUUUUUUAUAGGAUAGGGUAUUAUCAGCCCUAUACCCAACCCCCAAACUGGAGGACCAGGAGCUCUGGAGUAAGACACAGGGGUCUCUCACCUCCCUGUGAAUUUGAGAGUGCCGACGUUACUGUCCCCAUCCACUAUCGAACCCGUACCAUAGUGGUCUGUCGAAGUAGCCGAGUAGGGCCUGCAUUUAUUAAUUUUAAAUUUAUAAUUAAUUUUAUUUUUGUGUUAUUAAUUCCCGUGAACGGUUAGAUAGAUGUGCCCAGGGUGCAUUGACAAGAACCCCAUAAAAUAUGUCCAAUAUUUUUUGACCUAGUAUUAAAAGUUUCAUUGGUGAUCCCACAUCCGUAACCUCCCCUUGUUACUAAGUCUAAUUAAGAAAUAUAACUGAGAAUUAUACCUGAAGUGGUUCAUCCAUCAAUAUGUUUGCAGUAGUAGCUAAUAUCGUCGAAAGUGCGUCCAAUACCUGGUCUGUUUUCAGUCUUUGCAAAGGAUUCAGUAAAAGUAAAUUUCUGAUCAGAGAUAUCAUAUUUUCACUCACUCGACCAUCGCUGAA